CUCACUGCAGGUAAACACUAGAUAGACAGACUGACCUGGCUCUCACCUUCUCACUGCAGGUAAACACUAGAUAGACAGACUGACUUGGCUCUCACCUUCUCACUGCAGGUAAACACUAGAUAGACAGACUGACCUGGCUCUCACCUUCUCACUGCAGGUAAACACUAGAUAGACAGACUGACCUGGCUCUCACCUUCUCACUGCAGGUAAACACUAGAUAGACAGACUGACUUGGCUCUCACCUUCUCACUGCAGGUAAACACUAGAUAGACAGACUGACCUGGCUCUCACCUUCUCACUGCAGGUAAACACUAGAUAGACAGACUGACCUGGCUCUCACCUUCUCACUGCAGGUAAACACUAGAUAGACAGACUGACUUGGCUCUCACCUUCUCACUGCAGGUAAACACUAGAUAGACAGACUGACCUGGCUCUCACCUUCUCACUGCAGGUAAACACUAGAUAGACAGACUGACCUGGCUCUCACCUUCUCACUGCAGGUAAACACUAGAUAGACUGACCUGGCUCUCACCUUCUCACUGCAGGUAAACACUAGAUAGACAGACUGACCUGGCUCUCACCUUCUCACUGCAGGUAAACACUAGAUAGACUGACCUGGCUCUCACCUUCUCACUGCAGGUAAACACUAGAUAGACAGACUGACCUGGCUCUCACCUUCUCACUGCAGGUAAACACUAGAUAGACAGACUGACCUGGCUCUCACCUUCUCACUGCAGGUAAACACUAUAUAGACAGACUGACUUGGCUCUCACCUUCUCACUGCAGGUAAACACUAGAUAGACAGACUGACCUGGCUCUCACCUUCUCACUGCAGGUAAACACUAGAUAGACAGACUGACUUGGCUCUCACCUUCUCACUGCAGGUAAACACUAUAUAGACAGACUGACUUGGCUCUCACCUUCUCACUGCAGGUAAACACUAGAUAGACAGACUGACCUGGCUCUCACCUUCUCACUGCAGGUAAACACUAGAUAGACAGACUGACCUGGCUCUCACCUUCUCACUGCAGGUAAACACUAGAUAGACAGACUGACCUGGCUCUCACCUUCUCACUGCAGGUAAACACUAGAUAGACAGACUGACUUGGCUCUCACCUUCUCACUGCAGGUAAACACUAGAUAGACAGACUGACCUGGCUCUCACCUUCUCACUGCAGGUAAACACUAGAUAGACAGACUGACCUGGCUCUCACCUUCUCACUGCAGGUAAACACUAGAUAGACAGACUGACUUGGCUCUCACCUUCUCACUGCAGUACCCUCACUUCCUGAAGAGAGAGGGUAACAAGCUCCAGAUCCUGCUGCAGAGGAGGAAGAGAUACAAGAACAGGACUAUCCUGGGAUACAAGACCCUGGCUGUAGGAACCAUCGAUAUGGCUGAGGUGAUGCAGCACCCUACGGAGGGGGGCCAGGUUCUGUCUCUGUGCAGUAACCAGAAGGAGAUGCUGGGUAAAGUAGCUGAGAUCUGGAUCUUCUCACUGUCCAGUCAGCCGAUAGACCACGAAGAGGCCGCACUGCAGGAGGGAACCAAGAUCAAAUGCUCAGAUACCUAUUCAGAGGAGGAGUAUGAGAGUUUCUCUUCAGAGCAGGAGGCCAGUGAUGACGCUGUUCAGGGUCAGGACCUUGAGGAUGAUGAGUAUGAUGUGAGGAAACCAAAGAAGCACAGGAGGUCUAUCGUGAGGACUGCCUCAAUUACCAGGCAGCAGAACUUUAAACAGAGACUGGUGGCCCUGAUCAAGAGGUUCCGAGUCUCAGACGAGGUGUUGGACUCGGAGCAGGACCCGGCAGAACCCCCUCCGGAGGUAGAGGAGGAUCUGGACCUCGAGAGUCUGGACCUAGAGAACCCCAGUGACAGUGGACCGGAACUAGACGAUGACGACAGUGUCCUCAGCACCCCGAAACCUAAACUCAAGCCAUAUUUUGAGGGUCUCUCCCUCUCCAGUUCUCAGACAGAUAUGGGCAGCAUCCACAGCAGCCGGAGUCACAGAGAGCCACCAAGUCCGAUGGACCCAGACAAGACUAAGAGCAGUGGAGACAAGUUCCAGGUGGACAAUGUCUCAGAUAACGCUUCUCUUCAGGAGGAGCAACCAGAGGCAGUGACCCCCACUACAGAGCUAGAGAUGGACAACAUGGACACCUUCCUGGAGAAACUGCCCCCUACUGGCAAGAUGAAGAAGACCGAGUCCCUCAUCAUCCCUUCCAACAGGUGGCAGGAAGCUAAAUUGGCAGGGAGGAGAGGGAGAAGUACUUCCCUAAAGGAGCGCCAGCCCAACAGACCACAGAAUGAGAGAGCCAACAGCCUGGAUAACGAACGCUUGCUCGACACACGCUGCCAUCUACAGAUCCCCAGGAAGACUGUGUAUGACCAGCUGAACCACAUCCUGGUGUCUGACCACCAUCUACCUGACAGCAUCAUCCUCAUCAACACAUCUGAUUGGCAGGGCCAGUAUCUGUCAAGUGUCCUCCAGAACCAGCACCUCCCAGUGGUGUGUACCUGUACUACAGCAGACAUCCAGGCCGCCUUCAACACCAUCGUCUCACGCAUACAGAGAUUCUGUAACUGUAACAGCCAGACACCCAUCCCCAUAAAGAUAGCUGUGGCUGGAGCCCAGCACUACCUCGGUGCAGUCCUCAGGCUGUUUGUAGACCACCUUUCUUACAAGACCCCUGAUUGGCUGGGCUACAUGAGGUUCCUCAUCAUACCACUAGGAUCUCACCCAGUUUCCAAGUACCUGGGUACCAUCGACUAUCGAUACAACAGUUUAUUCCAGGACACUGCGUGGAGUGACCUGUUUUACAAGCCAGAAGCACCAGUCAUGGUGCAGGAGAGUCCAGACGUGGUUUCCAGGGUAACCCAGUAUAUGGUCGGGGCCAACGGAGCUCACCAACUCCCCAUCGCUGAGGCCAUGCUCACAUACAAACAGAAGAGCCCCGAUGAGGACUCGUGUCAGAAGUUCAUUCCCUUUAUCGGAAUGGUGAAAGUUGGCAUCGUGGAGCCGUCAUCUGCAACAUCAGGUGACUCUGACGAUGCAUCCCCCAUGGGGAUGGUUUUCCACUCCUCCACCCCUCCUCAGGUGUCCCCUGCCCUGAAGGAAGCCUCACCCACCCCUCCCUCCUCCCCCUCCGUCAACACAAGCUUCAGUUCCUACAGUUCUCCCCAGGGGGAGCUGAUGGGACUACAGGUGGACUACUGGGUGGCUCCCUCCCCGGCUGACAGGAAAAGAGACGUGGAGAAAAGGGACUCGUCCUCCUCCAAGAACACUCUGAAGUGUACGUUCCGCUCGCUGCAGGUCAGCAGGCUCCCCCAGGCCGGGGCCCAGCCACAGCCCGCCAUGUCCAUGACUGUUGUCAUGAAGGAGAAGAACAAGAAAGUCAUGUUCCUGCCAAAGAAGACUAAAGACAAGGAUGUGGAGUCUAAGAGCCAGGUGAUCGAUGGCAUCAGUCGACUGAUCUGCACUGCCAAGCACCAGCAGACCAUGCUGAGGGUGCUGAUUGACGGCGUGGAGUGGAAUGAUGUCAAGUUUUUCCAGUUGGCGGCACAGUGGUCGUCACACGUCAAACAUUUCCCCAUCGGGAUCUUUGGACACACUAAAGGGCCUUACUAGCAGGCCCCGCAGGCAGCAACUAGAACUAGUAUCCAUAGAGACCGUUGCCACAGUAGCGACCGUUGCCACAGUAGCGACCGUUGCCACAGUAGCGACCGUUGCCACAGUAGCGACCGUUGCCACAGUAGCGACCGUUGCCACAGUAGCGACCGUUGCCACAGUAGCGACCGUUACCAUAGACACUCAUCUGGACUUGAGGACGGCUCCCCCGCUCUCAUGUGCCAAUAGCCUUUAACCUCCCAGCCCCGGGCUUUGCACUGCCCCGCCCCCCCAGUCUGCACUGCCCCGCCCACCCAGUCUGCACUGCCCCACCCGCACAUCAUAGCCUGGUCCCAGGUCUGUUUGUGUUGUCUUGUCAACGAUUUGCUUGACAAUGACCUUAGGAGUUGGCAAGACAGCACAAACGGAUGUGGGACCCAAUGUCUUAAUUUAAGCUCCAGCUUUCCCUUGUGUUUUAUGUUAAUACGUUUCUGUGUGUUUGUUUUCUUCUAUAUGUAUAUUAGAAACCUUCCCGAGGCUGUCAAGGGGACAUUUUGUUUUCUCACCAAGCUUUGAAAAUAAUAAUUUUAAAAACCUGCUGAUGUUUUGGAAAAAAAAACGAGCAGAAACCUAACGAAAUAAUAAUUUGAUAAAUUAACUCAUUAACUCCUAAAAAGCGAGUGCUCAACUUUUCGGCCCCCUCCCUCUCUUUUUUUUUUAUGUGGCGAAGAUGGAUCGUUUCAAACACUUUGCCAGGCACAAAUUAGCUAGAUAACUCUUUGUUAAGAUGACUUCGUAACCAAAGGCCCUGAAAUGGCUGGUGGAGAAGGGAGGAUGGAGGGUGGUAGAGGAUGACAACACAGAAGAGAAUACUUAUCUUGUAAGGCUGGAAGAAGGAUGGGUCUGGAUCCUCAAAUGAAAUUACUUUAAGCCUACACAGCCCUAGUCCUGGGGUGUAUUCACUAGGAACUAAAUAGGAACAAACGGAACAGAGAGGGACCUACCUGAAUUUGUCCAACAGGAACUUUUGUUUUCAUAACAAAACAUUCUCCAUUGUGAAACGUUUUUGCUACAGUGUGCACUAAUGAACACUCCCCUAAUGACAGUGGCUCCUGUUAUAGCCUCUGCACUCAUCGGAUGUAGCCGGCUACUGAGACCCUCUGCACUCAUCGGAUGUAGCCGGCUACUGAGACCCUCUGCACUCAUCAGAUGUAGCCGGCUACUGAGACUCUCUGCACUCAUCGGAUGUAGCCGGCUACUGAGACUCUCUGCACUCAUCGGAUGUAGCCGGCUACUGAGACCCUCUGCACUCAUCGGAUGUAGCCGGCUACCGAGACCCUCUGCACUCAUCGGAUGUAGCCGGCUACUGAGACCCUCUGCACUCAUCAGAUGUAGCCGGCUACUGAGACCCUCUGCACUCAUCGGAUGUAGCCGGCUACCGAGACCCUCUGCACUCAUCGGAUGUAGCCGGCUACUGAGACCCUCUGCACUCAUCAGAUGUAGCCGGCUACUGAGACCCUCUGCACUCAUCAGAUGUAGCCGGCUACUGAGACCCUCUGCACUCAUCAGAUGUAGUCGACUACUGAGACCCUCUGCACUCAUCGGAUGUAGCCGGCUACUGAGACUCUGCACUCAUGAGAUGUAGUCGACUACUGAGACCCUCUGCACUCAUCAGAUGUAGCCGGCCACAGAGACUCUCUGCACUCAUCGGAUGAAGACUGAAAUGUGCAAUAGAAUUAGCCUGAAAUCCAGACCUGUUUUGUGCUAACAUUCCACACCUUGUACUCCAUGUCAUAUGUUUGGCGAUCACAAGGAGUGGCAAGGAGUGGAAUGAUGGCACAAACAGACAGGUACCAGGCUACGAUAUACUAUAUACGUCCUGUACAUCCAAUCAAUUAAAUGUAAAUGCAACUCAUCAUUGAGAUGGCACUGACCUGGCAAUGACAAAUGGUUGAUGCAUAUCUUUCUCUUUAUCCUGUCCCCUGUCCCCUUUCUCUAUCCUGUCCUCUCUCUCUGUAUCCUGUCCCCUGUCCCCUUUCUCUCUCUAUCCUGUCCCCUCUCUCUCUAUCCUGUCCCCUGUCCCCUUUCUCUCUCUAUCCUGUCCUCUCUCUCUCUCCUGUCCCCUGUCCCCUUUCUCUCUCUAUCCUGUCCUCUCUCUCUCUCCUGUCCCCUGUCCCCUUUCUCUCUCUAUCCUGUCCCCUCUCUCUCUAUUCUGCCCCCUGUCCCCUUUCUCUCUCUAUCCUGUCCCCUCUCUCUCUAUCCUGUCCUUUCUCUCUCUAUCCUGUGUCCUGUCCCCUUUCUCUCUCUAUCCUGUCCCCUCUCUCUGUAUCCUGUCCUCUCUCUCUGUAUCCUGUCCCCUCUCUCUCUAUCCUGUCCUCUCUCUCUCUCUCUCUCUCUCUCUCUCUCUCUAUCCUGUCCUCUCUCUCUCUAUCCUGUCCUCUCUCUCUCUAUCCUGUCCUCUCUCUCUCUAUCCUGUCCUCUCUCUCUGUAUCCUGUCCCCUCUCUCUCUAUCCUGUCCUCUCUCUCUCUAUCCUGUCCUCUCUCUCUCUAUCCUGUCCUCUCUCUCUGUAUCCUGUCCCCUCUCUCUCUAUCCUGUCCUCUCUUUCUCUCUCCCUUUCCCCUGUCUCGCUCUUUCGCUCUCCCCCUCUCUCUCUUCCCUCUCCCCCUCUCUUUCUCCCCCUCUCUCUCUACCCUCUCCCCCCUCUUUCCCCCCCUCUCUCCCUCCCUCCCCCCCUCUCUCCCCUUCUCUCUCCCUCCCUCUCCCCCUCUCUCUCCCUUUCGCUGUCUCCCUCUUCCCCCCUCUCUCUCUUUCCCUCUUCCCCCCUCUCUCUCUUUCCCUCUUCCCCUCCCUCUCUUUCCCUCUUCCCCUCCCUCUCUUUCCCUCUUCCUCCCUCCCCUCUCUCCCCCCCUCUCUCCUUCGCUCUCAUUCCAUCCAUCCUUCUACCCUAUCCUGUUUCUCACAACAACCAAGACCAAUCUCCUCUCGACACUCCACACACCUUCUGUCAGAAUACUAGACCUAUAUUUAAACUUCAACUCACUCAUCAUCGGAGUCCUAUAUCUAGAGAGAUGGGACAUUGAGGUUUCUGCAUUUGACAUAACAUGGCUGCCAUAGAAUGUUGUAGCGUCAUCUCCCGAUUCUAACAUGACACUGAGAAUUUUUAAACAAUGAUAUGUCACUGAAUGUCUAGAAUUUAGAACAAUAAUUCAACCUUCUAAAAGUUGUCCCAACUCCACAUAUAUAUGGCUCUGCUCAUUUGUUAAGAACCCCAACGCUCGGUCUGAACAUUUAAUAGACAUCGCUUGCUGUGCGGUUUUGGAAGUAUAAGGGCCUCAUCUUUCAUAUCAGUGAGAAAUAAUGAUUUAAAAAAAGGUUAAAUUGAUACACAUCUUUAAAGGGUUAGUGUGCCCACACGGCCAUAUCUAACCUGCUAGAAAUGUGUUGUCACUGUUGCUGCAACUGUGUUCAAAUCGGUUGAAACAGUGUACAGCAAGUAGAGGGAUUUAUGUUUCUAGAACCGUAUUGCAAUUGAGAAUCGAUUCACGUUUAGAUGGGGGUAUUUAUUUGCCUGUUUUUGGCUGCCAGAGAAAGUCUACCUUUCCCAAAAACAUAGAUUAAAUUUGCUUUGUGAAGCCUGGAAUGAUUUUCAUGUUGAACUGGCAACUUGUAGUUCUUUCCUCUGCAAGGAUAUACGUGUUUUAAGUUGUACUAUAAAUAUAUCCUGUUUAUCUUGGAAAAGUGGAUUGUAUUGAAUGUAGGGUUCCCUUCAUUAAAAUAUGUAGCCUAAUUGUUAAAAAGACUACCACUGUAAUCCCAAUGUUGGGGAUAAUAAAACUAGACUCUUAAAUGUC